GUCAUAUUGACGCAAAUGUUCGGUGUACAUGGGGCUGAGUCUUCCCGCGAAUUGUGUGGGCUAAACAAUAUCACAUUACGCUGUCAAAACUAAUGCGUAGUUUAAAUUAAAUCAAUGGUGAAGUGUUUGUUCUUAAGAAAACAUGUCGAGGAACUGAAAGGAAUCUUAAAACACUCUUCGUAUUUUCAAAAGAAAUAUUGAAUUUUAAAAGUGGCGCAGCGGAAUAUAAGGUGUGAAAUAGGUGUGUUAAAUACAUUUGUAUCAUGCUUGAUUAGUAAACAACAACGUCAGCUUGAAACCAUAUAAACAAAGGAUUAGGGAGACUUAAUGUACAUAAGUCAACGAAAGACAUCGAGUUAAAUAGAACAGAAUUUUUGGAACCUGCGUGCGCGCUAUACGUUGACAAGUGUGUAUCUGGUUAAUCGUAACGUUUCGUGAUAAGCACAUUACACACGCCGCUAUAUGAUGAUUCAAGGCAUUCUACGCACCCACGCUAGUAGCGAACCACGCACGCACAUCGCCGCAGAAAAGUUGCAAAGCCAAGGCGGUGAAAAAAGACAAGUCGCUAACACCACGCUACGCGUCAAAAUGAAGGUAGUAAAAAAGACGAAGAAUUUGAGAAAAACAAAUGGUGAAAUUCAAACCGAUAAGAUGGGUCGAGACGUGAUGAGUACAUCUCAAAGCAGAGCUCAAAAAGCCACUGAUAAACAGGCCGCUCUUCUGCAAGUCCCAAGUGAUGAGCGCCUACGACGCCGACUUUCAGACUCUUUGGAAUUUGGUAAACCAGCACCGCGCGUUCGACGACGCAGCGUUUCGUUCGACCCGCUGACCGUGUUCAAGACAGCUAUUUUAGAAAACGAUGUUGACGCAGCAAAGAGCGUACUCGUUUCUGGAAAGGUUAACGCGAAUUCAACCGUGGAUGGUGUAUUACCGGUCAUUUUAGCUUCGAAAGAAGGAUGCGCUGAGUGCUUGGAGCUUCUGAUCGAGAAAGGCGGCAGUAUAGAUGUUUGUGAUAAGCGCGGAUUCACUCCGUUGGAACUCGCGGUGCAAGGAGGGCAUUUUGAUUGCGCGCAAGUGCUCAUCGCGGCUGGAGCGAACGCGAAUUCCAUACGUGACGGAUAUUUUGAUGAGAGUAUUGAACAUGGAAGACAUACAACUGGUAGAAGUAGGUCACGAACAUUCUAGAGUAAAGACACGUUGAUAGACCGUCACCACGAAUACUGUACAUAUUUUAAAUUGUACUGCGUGCGUAAUGUCAUGGUGCGCUCCAGUAAUAAAGGAAUUAUUACAUCUAGUUCAUUGUUAUCGAUUGUGUCAGGGUCUUAGCUGGGAUUAUAGAUUUUGAAAGUGUUCCUAAAUUUCCAGGGGGUAUGCGUGCCGAAUGCGCAGAAUGGCCGAAUUCCAGUUCCAGCUAUGCUCGUCAACUAUUAUAUAGAUUAUAUGCCUGUGUUCUGUACUUUGCAACCAAAUCAUGCAAGGCAAGGAUACGCUUAUAUUCCGCAUCGACAUUACAGUCUGUUAUUUUUGCAACUCUUGGGGGCAUUUAAAGGCAUUUUAACACCAUAGGGUUCCCAUUAUACCUAUAUCCAUCUAAACAUAAAAACAUCAUGGAUUGCUCGUAACAAAUUAGAUUAAAAAAAAAACUACGAUAUACUAGGAGGAAAUUUUUUCUGUCCUAAGUAAAACUCUAUUUUAUGAACCUACACGGCUUUAUAUAGAAGAAGCGCGUUCGUUUUAUCUUACCGUAUUUUCCCAUUUUGGCCGCGCUAAAAUGGCCCAACACGGCCUCCUAGCUAAGACUUUAAGGGUCAGUGUAGACCAUGAAACCUACAAGAACAGUGCAAGUGGCAACGACCAUAGGGUGGGGGUAUGAAUUGAGUGGAGGUUCGGCAACUCUUUUUUCUCAAGAGACUCAAGAGGUACUUCACCAAAUUACAUGUAAUAACGUUGACAAAGCUUUUUCAACUUUGAAAGCCCGAUGACAUAUUAUUCAAGAAAAUCUGGAUCACGUCUAAACCAAAUAGUUAUUAACAAGCUUGAAAUAAAAUGCAUAGUGCGAAUUGUCGCCGCUGUCAUAAACUUCACGCACUGACACAAAAUUGUAAAUAAUCCACCCACGAUGACUCAAAAUUUUGAGCAAAAUUACUCCAAUUUAUUAUGCGCAAAUUUACAUGAACCAAUGUUGUAUGACGUUUGAAAGAAAUCUGAUUCACCCAACAUUGGUUUUAAACCAUUUUAAUAAUCUUGGUAUCAAAGUUCUUAGCUUGAAUUUUGGGACCACUGUUUUCGUAUUUUUUGGGAUACACCCUGUAUUGCUUCACGAACGGCGGCGAAAAUCCCCUGUUUGAAACGAAUCUUAAAUUAGGCGUGAAUAAUAUCAAAGAUAAUGAUCUCACAAUAGAG